UUUAUUAAAAAUUAUUUUUAAUAUUAAAAUAUAAAAACAUAAAAAAAAAUUAAAUAAAAAGUAAAUUUUCAAUGGAGAGCAACUUGCACACACGAUGUCUUAGUGGCUGAUGUGUUAACAGCAAGUCAGGCAUACGUGGCCCACACUUCGAGCCUGGCUUUAACUUCUAUUUUAUUUUUUUAUAAAGUGAAUUGAUGACACAUGAUCCACUCCUUAUUUAAUUAAUUUAUUUUGUUUUAAACCUUCUCUCCCACUUGGAUUUAUGUAAGUGUACCACCUAUCUAAUCAUCUAGAUGGUAACCCAUUAAUAAGAAUUUAGAACUAAAAGAUUUGUUCUUUUUGUAGUUUCAGAUUCGAGCUUUGUAGUUGCUUAUAUGAUGGCCACUGGAGGCUUACAUGAUCGUUAACUUCAGGGUCCGUGAGAUUAGUCGAGGUACGUUCAAGCUGGUCCGGAUACCAACGUUAAACAAAAAAAAAAAAGUACCAACUACCUAUUAACAAAAUGAUUAAAUAAAUAUAUUUACUAGGUUUAAGUAAAGCACAUAAGUAACCUAAUUCUUUUAAAAGUAUUUAGGUAAUAAUUGAGAGAAAGGAAUCUAAACGCAGCAUCACUCAUCACUAUCUAUUAUGGAAGCUAACGAUUAUUUUUUAUUUUAAAAUAUAUUUAAAUAAUAUUUUUUUAUUUUUUAAAAAUUAAUUUUUAUAUUAAUGCAUUAAAAUGAUUUUAAAAAAUUAAUUUAAAAUAAAAUAAAAUUUAAAAUUUUUUAAAGUUACUUUAAAACAUAAAAAUAAACGGAUGUCGUAAGUGAUCUCAACUCCCUCCCACGACAAAACAAUCCUUAUCCCUUCCAACUGAUCCGCCAUUUUGAUACAUUAAGAGAAUCAGUGCCCUUCACGUCUCUGCUACUUCCCACCCCCCAUAUCUUCUUUUUUAGCAAAAUCUUCCUCUCCGUCCAUUUCACGCUCCCGUAGCUCACUCAACAUCUAAACCAUGCCCUCAUCCUUCACUGUCUCACCAUGUGAAGAUUCCCAAGAAACCAACUACCUGCAAACCCUUUUGGCCUCAGCUCGUCCUUUCCUUAGAGGAGAGCUAGAAUCCAUUGAUAAGAACUUGCCUUCCCUCAUUUCUGUGUUACGUUCUGUUGGUGCUGGUGAAUGCUGGCACAAACAUGGCAGCUUUCUUGAUCACCUAGUUGAAAUUUACCGUAUUCUCAAGAUAUGGAAAGCCCCUGACUCUGUCUGUCUCUGUGGCCUUUUCCAUUCUGCCUAUUCCAAUUCUUAUGUCAAUCUUGCUAUCUUUGAUCCUAACACCGGUCGAGAUGUUGUUCGCAACCAUGUUGGUGAGGCUGCUGAAAGGUUGAUUCACUUGUUUUGUAUUGUCCCUCGCCAAUCAUUGAUCCAUGAUGAUCUGUUGUUCAAGUAUUCUGAUAUAGAACUUGUUGAACACCUUAAAGCUUCUGAGUUGUCACUGAGGAAUGCAGGAGAGAAGGGUUUGUUCAAUGGAGAGGAGUCUUGGAGGAAGAAACUGGCUUCUCUUUUGCCUGCCAGUGGGAUAACAGUGAAGCAUAUAAAGAGUGGAGAAGAUGUUUUAGUGACCAGAAGAAUGGUGGGUGUUUUUCUCUUGAUGACCAUGGCUGAUUUUAGUGAUCAACUUUUUGGUUUUCAAGAUUUGUUGUUUGAAAACUUUGAUGGUCGUCUUGAGUUUCUAGGGAAUAAUUUUGGUGCUUUGUGGCCUGGAGAUGGCAAGCCAGGGCUAUGGAUCAAUUCAAUAUCAAGGAUGGGUGCAAUUUACUCUUUGAUUGUGAGAGAGGAAGAGAUUUUUAUUGAAGAGAGGAAGAGGGCUGGUGGUUUUGAAGUUGACAGAGAGAGAGAUGAAGAUAUAGAGCUUGUGUUGGCACCAGUUUUUGAGAAUUGUACUCAAGUUUUGGAUGCAAGAGAGCAGGUAGUGGCAAGGGACUUGUAUUGGGAAGCUGUUUGUGAUACCUCAAAGGGAGGGUUGGAGAGGGCUGAGGAGUUGUUGGUGAGCAGCAUUGAGAAGAACCCUUUUGUUGGUGAGCCUCAUGUGGUCUUGGGUCAAUUUUAUUUGACAAAAGGGAGGUUUGAGGAGGCCGAGAAAGAAGCUGAGAGAGGGGUCACACUCUUGUUAGAGUGGGGUAGUCCUUGGGAUAAGAGGAUGUCUUGGGAAGGAUGGAUUGCUUGGGCCAGGGUCUUGUUGAUGAAAGCUAAAGAGAAGUCAUGGCCGCAGACAUCUUGGGGCAUCCUUAAUUUAGGGCUUGUGAGGUAACUGGUUUUGUCGCUCCAUUCAUGUGUGCAGGCACUAAAUAAGAUGCGCACUACCUAGGUAGGUAGAAGAAGGCAGAGUCAAGGCACUACUAUGGUGACUUCUACCCUUUGCUUAAAUGGCCUGAAAGAACACAAUAUUUAGUAUUUUGUUUUGUGAAGAUCCAUUUACUUCUCCGGGUUUUCUUUUCAAUUGUGGACCUAUAAUGGUAUGGCUACUUUCUCUUUUUUUAUUUGAUGACAAGGAUAUAUAUCAUAUUGAGACUACGGCUCCAUUAUGGUU